CCAAACAGUAGUCAGUCAGGGAAAGACGUGCUGCCUUACAUUCAAUGAAAUAACAUGAAAACAUCCAUUUUAUUCUUCAUCAUCCCUGGAAUUAUCAUAGGUUUAUCUGAUGGAUCUAGUGUGUUACCAGAUGGUCCUCUGAUUGCCUCUGUUGGAGGGACAGUGAUGUUCACAACAAACUUGAAUCCAACAGAGACACCAUUUACGCUGGUCAACUGGCAGUUUGAUCCUGGUUCAGCAAUUAAGCCCAUAAUUUUCUCGCUUACUACUGAAAACACAACUGCACCCGAAUAUGAAGACAGGAUCACUCUCUUCAGAUCUACUGGAUCUCUGGAACUCAGGAAUCUGAAACUCAGUGACAGAGGAGAUUACAUAGUUACCAUUCAAGGUGGACUGGGCCAACAGAUGGGACGCACCACACUGGAACUAUAUGAACCAGUCUCCAAUGUCAGAGUUUCCCCAUUAAGUGCAGACUUGAUAGAGUUCAUCAGCUCAGUCCGUCUGUCCUGCUCCUCUUCUGGACCUUCUCUCUCCUUCAUCUGGAUGAAAGACAGAUCUGAGGUUUCAGCCAGUGACAGAGUUCAGAUUAGCACAAAUGAAGGAAGCUCCAAUCUGACUAUAGUGAAUGUGACCAGAAAUGACCAGGGAUCAUACACAUGCCGUGUGUCUAAUCCUGUCAGUUCAAUCAUCAGUGAUCCAGUAAACAUCUCUGUUAAUUCACCAGUCUCUAAUGUAAAAGUUACUCAAGACGUUGCCCACUUGAUUGAGUUCAGUGGGUCUGUCAGUUUCUCCUGCUCCUCCUCUGGAUCUUCUCUCUCCUUCCUCUGGAUGAACAGCAGCUCUGAGGUUUCAGUCAGUGACAGAGUUCAGAUCACUGAUGGAGGAUCCAAGAUGAAGUUAGUUAAUGUGACCAGAUAUGAGGAUGGAUCAUACAUCUGCCGUGUGUCCAAUCCUGUCAGCAGUGACAACAGUGACCCUGUACACCUCUUUGUCAGCUAUGGUCCAGAAAACGUCAACUUAAUAUCACAAUCUCAGAAAUAUCCAGAAGGGUCGAACAUCCGUCUGUCUUGUUCAUCUGACUCCAGACCUCCUGCCACUUUUCAGUGGUUCUUUAAUGGAAAAAGUUUGUCUGGUUCUGGAUCUCAGCUCGAACUCAUCAAUGUUCAGAAGAAUCAGAGUGGAAACUACAGCUGUCAGGCCUUUAACAGCAGAACCUCAAGAUAUCAAACAUCUCAAAUUUCAGCCAUAUCUAUAGAGGAUGCUAGUAAACCUGCAGGUCUCGCUGGUGGAGCCAUUGCUGGAAUAGUAAUAGCAUGUUUAUUAGUUGCUGCUGCAGGAGCUGCUGGAGGAUAUUUCAUCUACAAAAGAAGAAAAAAUGUGAAACCUGGACCACAUUCAGGCACAACAGAGCAACAACAUGAUUAUGAAAACAUGCCAAAAAUAAAGAAAAAGAAAAAUAAGGAAGAAAGUCAUGUUUAUGAGAAUUCUGCAGCUACACAAAGAAGUAAAGAACCAGAACAUGUGUAUGAGGAAAUGGCACAAAUAAAGAAGAAAUAAAAUGAACAG